AAUCGGACAGCCCCGCUCGCGCUGCACAAUGGGAGCAGUGUGUUACCCAAGUUCGUCAGUGGACUAGGGCACUGGCGCGGACUGACCGACUUUUUUUCGCUCCUGGUUCGGUUUGUGCUCCUGUUUUCUCUGCACGCGCGCCCUGAUAUUUCUGAAGCCGAACACUGGAUGAAGUUGGGAGGCAGCGACUGUGUGGACGUUUCAGCGGAGAAUGGGACGAGCUCGGGUCAAGUUUACAGGCUGCUCGUUGUUGGGAUGUUUGUGGGGACAGGAGGCCAUGCUGAUCUGCAGUGCUGAGUGGGGGAGCGUGCUGUUGCCUCAGUGCCUGUGCUGCUGAAGCCUGCGGUGCUUGGCCUCCUCAUGGCUCUAUGGGAGCUGCUGCUGUCUCUGGGCCUCCACUGCUGGCUGGCUGCGUCUGCCAGUCUGGCUGAGGAUGGUCCCGCUGGGCCCCUGGACUGGCUCCUUUCAGACAAGGGCCCCUUCCACCACUCCCAGGAGUACACCGACUUUGUGGAGAGGAACCGCCAAGGCUUUUCCACCCGAUACAAGAUAUACAGGGAGUUUGGCCGCUGGAAAGUGAAUAACCUGGCUGUGGAGCGGAGGGAUUUCCUGGACUCCCCUUUACCUCUCACCCCUGAGUUUAUUCGGAACAUUCGACUCCUGGGGCGAAGACCCUCCGCCCAGCUAAUUACUGACAACCUGAUCAAGAAAUAUGGGACUCAUUUUCUUCUCUCAGCUACACUAGGAGGAGAGGAGGCUCUCACCAUAUUUGUGGACAAGAGGAAGCUGAGUAAGAAGGCAGAGGUGAGCGACUAUACCAGCAACAGCACGGCUGUGACUCUGGAGGCGCUUCACCAGCUGGCUGCCUCCUACUUCAUAGACCGAGAGAGCACACUGCGCAAGCUGCACCACCUCCAGAUCGCCUCCACUGCCAUCAAGGUAACUGAAACAAGGACUGGCCCUCUUGGUUGCAGUAACUAUGACAACCUUGAUUCUGUUAGUUCUGUGCUGGUUCAAAGCCCUGAAAACAAAGUCCACUUGCAAGGUUUGCAGGUCAUUCUGCCAGACUACCUCAAAGAUACCUUUGUCCAAGCAGCUCUUAGUUACAUUGCCUGCAACGGAGAAGGAGACUUUGUCUGCCGAGGCAACGACUGCUGGUGCAAGUGUGACCCUAAGUUCCCGGAAUGCAACUGUCCAUACAUGGAUAUCCAGGCCAUGGAAGAGAGCCUCCUUCGGAUCUCUGAAUCAUGGGAACUCCUCUACAAAGAGUUUAAGGAUUCAGAUGAGUUCAAGACAUUCCUGAUGAGGCUGCCUCAGAACUUCUUCCUCAACACCUCUACGAUCCAGCACUUGUGGCUGCUGGAUGGCACGUUUCAGCGGCGUUAUGAGCUGCUGGAGAGUAGCAUGAAGGGCCUCUUUAGGAGGGCCCAGCGAGUUGUGUACAAGCUCUUCAGUCUGAGCAAGAGGUGUCAGAAGCAACCCCUCAUCAACUUACCACGCGAAAGGCCACGAUCAUACUGGCUGAACUACUUCCAGUCAUUACUCUACUGCUCAGAAAACAACCAGCUGGGCUUCUUCUCCGAGGAGUUGCACACCUGCAUUUGUGCAUAUGACCAGAACUCGUGCCAGGUGCCCACUCCAUGCUCUAUAGGAGAGGGUCUGGCCUGUGCUGCCUGUGCCAGUGACAACCACACUCGCUGUGGCAGCUGCAAUGCUGGCUACAUGCUAAGCCAGGGAGCCUGUCGACCUAUGGUGGCUGAUUCCACUGAGAACUACCUGGGUUUUGAGACUGACCUGCAGGACCUGGAGCUAAGGUACCUCCUGCAAAGGGCUGACCGUCGCCUGGAGGUCCACGCCAUCUUCAUUAGCAAUGAUAUGCGCCUCAACAGCUGGUUCGACCCCUCAUGGAGGAAGAGAAUGCUGCUCACACUGAAGAGCAACAAGUACAAAUCGAACCUGGUGCACAUGCUCCUGGGGAUCUCCCUUCAAAUCUGCCUUACUAAGAACAGCACCCUAGAACCUGCCCUUACUCUCUUCAUCAAUCCUUUUGGUGGGAGUCACUCAGAGAGCUGGUUGAUCCCUGUAAGUGAAAACAGUUUCCCGGACUGGCAGUCCACUAAGUUGGAUCUUCCACUCGAAUGUUUCAACUGGACCUUGACUCUGGGCAACAAGUGGAAGACCUUCUUUGAGACCAUUCACAUUUACCUGAGGAGCCGCAUCAAAACAUCAGGUACUAGCACCAACGAGAGCGUUUACCUGGAGCCUCUGGAAAUGACUGACCCUUCAAGGAACUUGGGAUACAUGAAGAUCAACAGCAUCCAAGUGUUUGGUUACAGCAUGCAUUUCGACCCGGAGGCUAUCCGUGAUUUGAUCCUGCAGCUGGAUUACCCAUACACGCAGGGCUCGCAGGACUCAGCCCUGCUGCAGCUGCUGGAGAUCCGAGACCGGGUGAACAGGCUUUCUCCACCAGGCCAGCAGCCUCUGGACCUCUUUUCUUGCUUGCUGCGCCACCGCCUCAAGCUCACCGCCAAUGAAGUGGUGCGCAUCCACUCCUCUCUCCAGGCCUUCAGUGCCCGGCUUCCAAACUCUCUUGAUUAUGAGACAACUAAACUCUGUAGCUAACAGCUAAAAGUCCAGACAGCUGUAGAUCACAUCCACACACAGACGAGACUGUGCAUGAGUCAAGGCUGCAAAGAGAAAGAACAGUGAUGGAUUCGUAAUAAACUAAUUGAAUCAUCCACUCAGAUAUCUCACAAAUUUCCAUUUAUACAUAGACCAUUGUGCUCAAAACAAAUGAGUCAUUUUUCUUGUAUGGUUCUGCACUGAAACCACAUGGAGGGACGUUUUACAUAUAUGGUAUGAUUGUUUGUAACUUUUCUAUGUUAUUUUGCUUCAGUGACUGUGCACUUUCCUUGGACAGAAUACAGUGAUGUCAGUAAGUUUUGUAGAUAAAUUGCUAUUAAAACAUCAUGUAAUAAUAUAA